AGUGCCUUUAGCCCGACCCAUCAACGACACUUUCCGAUGUGAGUUCCGCUCCCGAACCCACUGUCACUUUGUUUGACAAUAGUUGUCACAAAAUGCCCCCACUCAAGUGGCUCAUCCAGAAAAUCCCCACCUCCGACUUGCUAUACAAACACGACGAUCCGGAGGACUUUUUCCUACCUCAAUGGCAAACCGACGCGAAAAUCGCACUGGGGUAUUUACUCUACCGACUCCUGAACACCGGAUUCUUCUACGUGAUCCUAUACCUGCACUUCAGAGCCGAUUUGCCGAUCACAAGGAAGCUGAUGUUCGUCAUAUUCUUCACUUACUGGGGCCUGAUUGUGAAUAUCACUUGGUCAGUGCUCAGUCUCGUUAAUGCUUUAACGAGGUUUAUUCAGGAAGUUGCUAUGGAUGAACGUGUUGAAGCUGUAUCGAGCAACGUUCUUUAUAAAUGUCAGUUUAUCGCGAGCAGUGUUGCCUUUGAUCUCUCUUUUGCUGUCAGCGCCGGAUACUGGUCCUUGGUGAGUUUUUAUGAAAAGAGACCGUUCAGCGUUUCCACCUCUGUCUUGCACUUGUGGGUGUUUAUGGUGGCGGUGACGGAUCUGUUGGUAACCAGGACCCCCGUGAGAUUCGCGCAUGUCGUUUACUCGAUCGCGUUAAGUCUUAUUUACUUACUGUUCGCUUAUGUUUAUUAUAAGUCAGGUGGUAAGUCGAUAUUAAAUGACGCCAAAUGUUUGUAUAAAAUGUUGGACUUUAGCCAGCCGAGGCUGAUAUGCACUGCGGUGUUUGCUCAAGUUGCUUUUGUUGUUAUCGGUAGGUGUAUAGCGGUGGGACUUUAUCACUUAAGGAAAUGUGUAUUUAGUAAAACGUUCGGGGGUUCAGAUGACCCAUUGGGUGAAUAAAUCACUUUUAUUUAUUAGAAUUAUUAUUCAAUAAUUAAACUAAUUUAAUUUAAAAUGA